AUCCAAGUCAGGGACGCCGCGCGAGUUAUCAAAUGAGUUCGUGACAUAAUUUGCAUCAAAAUUAUUGUGCAAGAAUGUAGAAUAAGUCAAAGAUUUCACCACGAUGCUCAGUUAAUAUUAGGUACGAAUGUACGAUGCCAACAAAACGAAAAAAAGUACUUCGCUCCUAGAUAGUGUCUCUCGCCUCUCUGACGAACCGCAGUGCAAUCCUAUCGUUUAUUUCCAAAGAAUUGAGCUUUCGUUGUCCUACGCCCCAUUUUCUUCUUUGCCUCAACUUGUCAAACACCUAGUAUGCCUCUCCUCUAAUGAUAUUCUUCUUCCUCACAUCCAUCAAUGCUCAAAACCUCCAAUUCCCACACACCCAUUGAAUAUAGUCGUGUUCUUGUUACAUAGUGAUGUCAUUCCAUCUCGAUCUCGAGGACUUUCAAGAGAAGCUAUCAACUCACUUGAGACCAUGGCAGCGUUCUUUGCAAUUUUGGGCUCGAACUGCUGAUAUCUACACUGGUUAUAAAGCGUUUCAAGUGAGGGUGAGCUUUGAGAAGGAUUUAAGGAAGCAGGAGGCAAUGUGGGAGAGGCAGCAUGAGCUCGCUGCUGAGAAGAUAUACGACAUGUGCUCUGAGCUUGGUGGCUUUUUCCUAAAGAUCGCUCAAAUUAUUGGGAAGCCAGAUUUGGCUCCUGCUGCAUGGGUAAGAAAGCUAGUAACUCUAUGUGAUCAAGCUCCUGCUACGCCAUACAGUGUGAUCAAAGUAGUAGUUGAGAAGGAGUUGGGUCAAAAUGUUGAUGACUUGUUUGAAAGAUUUGAUGUGCACCCACUGGGUUCUGCUUCCAUUGCACAGGUUCACCGUGCAAGACUUAGAGGCAGCAAAAAUGAUAUUGUUGUCAAGGUCCAACAUCCAGGUGGUCAAGAACUGAUGAUGACUGAUAUCCGUAACCUGCAAGCCUUUGCACUGUACAUGCAGAAGACAGACAUCAAGUUCGAUUUAUUCUCUGUGACCAAGGAAAUGGAGAAACAGAUUAGUUAUGAAUUUGACUUUACAAGAGAGGCUGAUGCUAUGGAAAGAAUUCAACAAUUUCUAUAUGAGAAUAAUAAGAAGUCCUCUGUUCUGGUACCACAGGUGAUGCGAGACAUGGUCAGCAGGAGGGUUCUUGCAAUGGAGUAUAUAGAUGGAACACCUAUCCUUAAGCUGGGAGAUGAAAUGGCAAAGAGAGGCAUAAAUCCUAAUGGCAAAUUGGCCAUAGCUGCAAAGGAGAAUAUCCUUAAAACUUUAUCCCUUGCUUAUGGGCAAAUGAUACUAAGGAGUGGUUUCUUCCAUGCAGAUCCUCAUCCUGGAAAUAUUCUAAUCUGUAAAGACUCUCAGGUUGCCUUGCUCGACUAUGGGCAAGUUAAGGAUCUUCCUGAGAAUUUAAGACUAGGAUAUGCUAACUUGAUUCUUGCUAUUGCUGAUAAUGACCCAGUAAAGGCAGAACAUAGUUACAGAGAGCUUGGUAUAGACACCUUGAGCAAAUGUGAGGAUGAACAAAACGAAUUGCUUAGACUAGCACAAACUAUGUUUGAUACGAAACUACCCCCUGGUGUGACAAUGCUUCAACCUUUCUCAGAAGGAUCUUCAAUUAGAAAGAUUGCUGUUCCGGCUUUUCCAGAGGAACUUUUUUCAGUUCUUCGCACUGUGCAUUUACUUAGAGGUCUUAAUGUUGGACUUGGAAUUAAUUAUUCCGCUGCUGAGCAGUGGAGACCUAUUGCUGAAGAAGCACUAUACCGGGCUGGAAGACUUGAGGGUAAUGAGCUCAAAAGUUUGCAGAAGAAAGGCUUCUUUAGAAGAAAACUCUGGAGAUGAGAAACACGAAGAGUAGUUUUCUUUCUUUCUUUUUUUUCCUUUUCUUCCGAGCACUUCUCUACUGAUAUGUCACUCUCAGAUCUUUUACAUGGGGAUUUAAUUGUUAGCAUUGUGUCAAAUAAUUGAAUCAUGAUUAAUGUGGUAACUAUGAUGCUUGGCCUAGUAAUGAAAAGAGAAGUGCACCCGAGAGGUGGAGUAUUUUGCCUAAACCGAGCGGGAAGACAGUUUGGCGUGCACUCAUUUCGUAGUUAGGCUACGUAUUUGACAGCCUUCAUCAAGUAAUCUCUAUCUUGUACAAAUGUAAUUGUAGUAGCACACUAUCAUUUUCACUUCUGAGAGCAGUUAUAUGUUUUUUAGAUAAUACUGUAUUAAUUAAGAGUGUUUCUGGUGUUUUAUGUGUCUUAGUGCUCGUACUUGUGAAAGACCCCCUACAACAAAACUUAUUUUGAUCUGGAGGUGCAUUAUUUGUAGAAUGCACCUUUGUCCU